AUGUCUCAGCUGCACUUGCUUCUGCCCACAGAGGGGACUGGAAACAUAGCGGGGCAGGGGGCAGUGACUGUGAGUACAGCAUCCAAGCCUGGGAGGGGUUCAGUGGCGGAGCCUCUUCACAUUAAGCUCAAGCCCCAAGCUCGAAGUUUGGGCUCCAGGGUGGGCGGGGACACUGAGGCCGGGCGUGCCCACUCGGGGAGCAGUCCCCAAACCGCAGCCCGGAAGGAAGCCAGGGCAGAGGAAGGGCAGCGGGGUGCCCCCGAGUUCCCUCGCCUCACCUGCGGGGAGGGCACGUCCAGCUCUUUGAUCCUCCGCCGCGCGGCCUGGCCCGGGCGAAGGCGUGGAUUCGCCUCAUCCUCCCUGCCCGCUGCCCACCCGGCCUUCCCAGGCAGCCGUCGCCGGGACGUGAGGACGCCGGGGACAUCGAGGGGCUCCUCCACCCCGCGGCUGGCACCCGGCGCUCGCCGAGGGGGCGGUGGCAAGAGCGGGGAGGGACCGCCCGCCUCCCGGGGCCUGCAGCGCGCGUGGCCCGGAGCCGGCGCCGCGCGGGGACUCACUCUGCCGCCGCGACCCCGCGACCCCUCAGGCGGAGCCCGGAGCGCUGCGCUCGCCGCCGGCGGCGAUCCGCAGCCCCGGCGCCCCCGGAUCUCCCAGCCGCGCCACCUCCUUCCUCCUGCGCCCGUGGAUGCGGAGCGGAUCCCGGGCCUGAAGCGAGGGGAGCAGUCUUGGGGCACGCCUCACCCGGCCCCGCAGCCGGUCCCCGAGCACGCGGCUCCGGAGUUCCAGCACAGGUAA